AUGGUUGAGUUCAUGAUGGUUGAGUUCAUGAUGGUUGAGUUCAUGAUGGUUGAGUCCAUGAUGGUUGAGUCCAUGAUGGUUGAGUCUAUGAUGGUUGAGUCCACCUAUUAUUGCAUACUUCCAAGAGCAGAUGUUACCGACAAAGGAGCAGUGGGCUCAAUGCUACAUUUCUGGCCUUCCGAACCGGCGAACUUCGGCUCCCGAACCACGUCGCCAGCGGAGACUGCCCACAAGGAAAUCAAGUCAGAAAUCAUUAACGGCAACAGUAAAAUCGAGCAGCUAGAGCUUACAGUACAACGCAUGGUCAACCGUACGAAGAAGCGCUUUGAGGACGAAUCAGCCAAGCAGCGAAGCGCUGUGGCAUUCGAAUUCCUCAACAAGACAUGGCUCGGCGAUAUACCCAAACAGGUAUCGUACAAUGCACACAGUUUGAUCAGGAAGCGGUACCAAAUGGCCCUGCCUGCGGUUCCAACACCCGCCCGGCCAUUCCCGCCCACGCUGCGGCUUUGUACCGGUCGACAUCGCAUUCAAUAUGGUCUACCCUGCAGUCAUGAGAUUCGGAAUGCGUUGGAAGAGCAAAAAGUCCUCCGCAAGGAAGAUUGUCAUCGAUACUAA